AUGUCUGCCGAAUCAACAGCACUGUGGCUUCGCUGCGAGACGAAGCAGUUUGAGCGACGAGCAGCACUUACGCCCACGACUGCAAAGACCCUCCUGGAUGCUGGAUUCCAGAUCACCGUCGAGGAAGAUCCACAACGUAUCUUUGACAUUGAAGAGUACAAAGCCGUCGGAUGUGCGAUUGCACCUUACAACUCGUGGCCGUCCGCACCAACAAGUACGACAAUCAUCGGACUCAAAGAGCUCCCUGAAAAUGAUACAUCACCUCUCCCUCACACGCACAUCCAAUUCGCACAUUGCUACAAGAAUCAGGCUGGUUGGGUCGGCGUUCUCGAGCGAUUCGGCAAAGGUGGUGGGAAGCUCUAUGACCUAGAGUUUCUCCAAGACGACACUGGUCGGCGUGUCGCCGCGUUUGGAUUCCAUGCUGGCUUUGCGGGUGCUGCUGCAGGUGCAUUGGCAUUUGCGGCAAUGAAGGAUGGUGGAAAAUUGCAAAGUCUGGAUCCAUAUCCGAAUGAACAAGCCAUGGUGCAAGAUGUCAAGGCUAAGCUUGGUGGGAGCGGGAAGGGCGUCAAGGCGCUCGUGAUUGGUGCACUAGGACGAUGUGGACGUGGUGCCGUAGACCUCUUCCGCAAGAUUGGACUAGAUGAGGAUGAUAUCCUCAAGUGGGAUAUGGACGAGACCGCCAAGGGUGGUCCAUUCCAAGAGAUCCUCGACGUCGACAUUUUCGUCAAUUGCAUAUACCUCUCGUCAUCGAUCCCACCAUUCGUCUCGCCACAGCAGCUUGCAGAGGCCGGUGACAAGCGACGACUAUCGGUUAUUGUCGACGUCAGCUGCGAUACAACGAACCCGUUCAAUCCCAUCCCAGUGUACAGCGUCAACACAACGUUUGACAAUCCAACCGUUCCAGUCAACGUCCCCACCGGAUCAGCACCGCUGAAUGUUAUCUCGAUUGACCAUCUGCCAACAUUGCUACCGCGCGAGGCGUCGGAGCAGUUUAGCGGUGACCUGAUCCCGACGCUUCUCAAGUAUCCUCAACGGGAUACCAACAGGACUUGGACAGACGCGGAAAAGCUCUUCCGCGAAAAGCUCGAGGCGGCGCAGACGGAAGCUGCAAAGACGCUAGGGCAUGCCUAG